GCUCCUCCACGAAAACAAACCUGGUCAACUUUUCUCUCCAUCAUGUCCUGAAGCGUCUUAGCUAAACUACUUUCUCACUCUCUGGCCAUAUAAGUGACUGUGCUCGUGUGACGUUAGCUGCCUUUACCUCCACCAAGCAUGGACGAAAACAGUUUCAAACUGCUGGUGAAGCUCGCUCAGGAGGGACAGCUGAGCUCUCUCCAGGAACAGAUAAGGUUAGGGGGCUCGGCGGCGGUUCAGACCGUCUGUAGCAAGCACUUCGGCCGGUCAGGAGACACCCUGCUGCACUACGCAGCCAGACACGGACACCUGGAUGUUGUGGAGUAUCUCGUACAGCGGGUCGGCGUGGACGUGGAGGUGUACAACAACGACUACAAGAGGCCGCUGCACGAAGCUGCGUCUAUGAGCCACCAGGAUUGUGUUAGCUACCUGCUCCGGGAAGGAGCGAAGGUGGACAGUCUGAAAAAGGCUGACUGGACUCCUCUGAUGAUGGCCUGCACUCGGAGAAACCUUGCCGUGAUCCAGGAGCUGCUGUGCCACGGCGCAGACCCGGCACUGAGAAACAAAGACGGCUGGAACUCCUUUCACAUCGCCUGCAGGGAGGGCGAUCCUCUGGUCAUACAGCACCUGCUUCUCACGGUGCCGGAUGUCUGGAGGACGGAGAGCAAAACGCGCAGGACUCCGCUGCACACUGCAGCGAUGCAUGGCUGUGAAGAGGUUGUUAGGAUCUUGCUGGAGAGAUGUGGCUACACCCCAGACAGCGCUGACAGCUGUGGAGUGACUCCUUUCAUGGAUGCCGUCAGGAACGGACACAUUUCUGUAGCCAGGCUGCUUCUAGAGAAGCACCAGGCAUCUCCAACAGCAGCUGACAUACUCGGCACUCAGCCUUUACACCAGGCUGCUGUCACCGGCCAGGAGGAGGCACUGUGCUUCUUAGUGCGGGACCUUAAUGUAGAUGUGAACCAGAGAGUGACAGGCAUCCAGAUAACUGCCCUGCAUUACGCUGCAAAGGAGGGCCACACGUCCACUAUAAAAACCCUGCUGGAGCUGGGGGCAGAUCUCCAUGUUCGGGACAAUAAGGGAAGAAGUGCUCUUCAUAUGGCCUGCAUGGGACAGCACGCGAACGUGGCCAGGACGCUCCUGCAGCUCGGACUCAAAGACUCAGAGGACGCGUCUGGCAUGACGGCACGGCAGCUGGCCAGGAGACCAGACGUGGUGCGAGUGUUUGACUGUGACGCAUGAUGAAGGACACUGUAGUGAUGCAGAGCAAAGAGAUAUAGUUGAUUCUGUAUAAUAUAAUAGUCAAUAAAAUAAAUUGAAACUAUUUAUGUGAUGGAAGUAAAUCCGUUUUGGUUGUGUGAGCUACAAUAAAUCCUUUCCUGUAUUGA